AUGUUGGUCAUGCACCCGGCCUUACGAAAUCUCGAAGUAAUUUGCACCAUUAGCUCACACACAGAAUACGGAUCGCUUCCCGCACUUGCAUCCACAUGCCGCGCGUUUGAGGACUCGGCACUUAAUGUACUUUGGAAGCAUUUGCGGUCUGUGGAGCCACUUGUCAAAUGUUUGCCAGGUGGCCUGUUUGGCACUGAUCAAGGAUGUGUGGUAUUACAGAAACCUCUUGACGACAAAAUGUGGGAGACUCUUGCCAGAUACACAUCCCGCGUGCACUCGAUCACUGUAGUACAAUUUGCGAAGGACACCAUCUUGCCGGUUAUUGAACGCCUCAGUUUGAUCAUGCUGUCUUGUCCUUCGGCACCUGCGUCCUUGUUUCCCAACCUUCGCAAAUUAACAUGGUAUGCCGAUGGAACGCGUGGUGCUGCAGACUUCUUGCGCAUGGCUUUUGUGCCCUCUCUAGUGGAGGUGAACUUGCGGAUUGCCUCAGCUUCCUCCGCAUUUCUCUCGGUCCUUUCGUCUCUUGGGACCUUGUGUCCUCGCCUCCAGAGCAUGGCUGUAAGGAUUCACCUUGCAGGCAAUGAUUCACCUCGUAAAAUUUCACCCUUCAUCACACAAUCUAUUUCCCAGCUCCAUUAUCUUCUCUCGUUGACUGUAUGGGACCUAGGAAACGAAGGCAUGAAACGCGUUAUGCAGCUACGAGCUCUGCAGUCGCUGAGCUUGGACUUAACAGCAUUGUCAGCUUGGGAGACAUGGUUACAUUUGCAAUUCCCCGGCUUUCAUGAUGUCCGAUUUUUGGGCCUUUCUGUCGAUGCGUUCGAGCGAGCCUCGAACUUCUUGAACUCACUUCAGGUCCUCAGAAGCAGAGAAUUCCGGGUGAACUAUACCACCGAGGCUGCGGUGUCCCACGUGAGAGGUGGAUCUGUGACAUUAUCCCAGUUCUUCACCAUCCUCCAAAAGAAAUGCGAUAACGACAAACUUGAGCGCUUCUCUCUCAUUGCGACUUCGACGAGGAUACACACACAAUCGGGCGUUUUCACAUCAUUGCACGCAUUUCGCAAUUUAAUCCAGCUUAUCAUCGACAGGGGCUGUGUCAUUUCCGUGUCUGACGAGGAGCUCUGCCAGCUGGUGAGAGCCUGGCCUAAGCUCAAAGUCCUCAAAAUCAGUUAUCAUGUCGCCGUCGAUAACACCGCAGUACCUACAUUCCAUGGGCUAAUCAGUUUACUUCGGCUCUGCCCCGCUCUAAUUUCGCUCGCUCUUGUCAUCGAUACUACCAAGUUGGACGGCAUAGAUCUCAAAUACCCCGGCGGUGGAAGCUGCAACAAGAAGCUCAAAUCCCUCGUCCUCGGAAAUUCACCCAUCGUGUCCCCGCUAAAUGUAGCUCUCGUCCUGAGCGGCCUCUUCCCCUGCCUCGAGCAGGUCGAUCUUGAUUAUUGGGAUUUGGGCCUGAUGACUUUCUCACCCCAGAAGAAUCCAGUGAUGGAGCAGUGGGCGUUAGUCAAUAACUUUCUUACUGGCUUCAGCGUUGUGAGGGAGCGGCGCAUCGAAGCUUGA